CUUGCCAAAAAAUCUGAGCCUUAGAUGUAAUCGGUUCCGCUGAUGCCGCCAUUUCAAAUCGAAAUAUAGGGACAGGGUAUAGAUAAUAUUUUUUUACAUCUUUUAUUUGCAAAUCUUUUUAUAUUUUCUUUUUAUUUCGAGUAAGUAUCUAUAUUUAGUUGUAUUUCUGGACCUCAAUAGUCUUCUAAGAUGGAUGCAGAUACAGAGCAGGUGACGGACAACAUAGAAACUUCCCAAAAUGCAUCUGAGGAGCCCAUAUUAGAAAACAAAUCCAGGGGUUGUGGUGGGUUCAAAGGGCGUGACCAAGGGUUCCGGAUUGGUCGAGGAGGCAUGCAUGGUGGACGGGGCCUGAUGAUGAAAGGAUUUGGCCCACCCGAACGAGGCAGGGGGGAUAGAGGACGGGGUGGGGACAUGAAUGGGUUUGGACCCAUGAGGAGAGGGAUGGGGAGGAUGCGGCCGUACCCAGACAUGAGGGGCAGGAGAGGAGGGAGGGUCGCUCUGAUGGAGAGGGCCGGGCCUAUGGGGAGGGCCGGGCCGAUGGGGAGGGGCGGUCUGAUGGGGUGGGGCGGUCCGAUGGGAAGGGGCGGUCCGAUGGGGAGGAGCGGUCCUAUGGGAAGGGGCGGACCUAUAGGGAGAGGCGGACCUAUAGGGAGAGGCGGACCUAUAGGGAGAGGCGGACCUAUAGGGAGAGGCGGACCUAUGGGCAUGGGUCCUCCUCCACCCCCACCCAUGCACCUGAGAGGCCCCUACCCACCAAUGCACAGACACGGCCCCCCUCCGCCUCCCUCCCUGGGCCACCCUGGUUUUAGAGGGCACCCCCCACACCCCAGAGGAAGAGGCAUGUCCCCCGGACCCCCACGCCACUUCCACCCCAGGGGCCCCAGAGGCUACCACAAUGGACCAGCUUCUCCUCCUCAUCAUCCCCCACCUGGCAGAGGCCAGAGGUGGCCAGGGCCCCCUGGUGGCCGACGGUUUUAACGCAGCCUGCCCAAAAAUAAUACAGUAACAGAGAGCUUUACAGUCUAUAGCAGCGAGCCUACUUGGCUGGGGUGGCUAAACUGAGCUAAGAGCACCUUAAUAUGUGUCAUAAAAAGAAGACCCCUUUUUAAACAUCCUUAUGGAACACCCUGUAGCCAAAUAUCUGGAUAUUGAUAUCGUAUACCAGAGGAGAAGAUGUGAAUCAACAAGUGGACACUUAAAUGCCUCAGUCCUUAACAGUACAAAAAGGCAUUCUCACUUUCAUUGUAACUUUUGUUAUUAGAAAAAAAUGUGCUCUUGGUAUUAGGACAAAGUUGUAUAGUAUUGAGAGAAUAAAAAUAUGAUUUUUUUUUAAAGAGUCCCAAAGGGAUGAUAAAUGUUGAUAUUCAAAUCCCUUAGAUGUCAUGUGGUCUUGUGGUGGUCACUCUGUGAACCUUAAGGAAUGUCUGACCCUAAUAAAAAGAGAAAUUACACAUUGUGUGUGAGUGAGAAAGAAAAGGAAAGAAAGAAAGAAAGAAAGAAAGAAAGAAAGAAAGAAAGAAAAAGAAAGAAAAAAAAGAAAGCAAG